AUGGAUUCCCAGAAGUUCGCCCUGCAUGAAGCUGCGAGAGAAGGCAGAGACCAGGUGGUUGAGUCAUUGCUCAAUGCCAAUCCCAAGUCUGCACUCGUCAAAGAUGAUGAUGAUCGCCUCCCAAUCCACUGGGCUACAGCGUACAACCGACUCCAGAUAGUGGAGUUGCUAAUGGGUGCCAAGGGAUUCGAUCCCGACGUAGAAGAUGGUUCGGGUUGGACCCCUCUUAUGAUUGCAGCCAGCUUGAAAGGUGCCGCAGGUGAUGCGAUUAUCGAAAGGCUCCUGCGAAAAGGCGCUGAUGUAUCAAUCAAAAGCAACUCAGGACAGAAUGCCCUUCACUUCGCCAGUUCCAAGUCUAACACUUCUACUGUUCGCACAUUGAUUGCCAACAAAUGCAGCGCCAGAGUGAAGGAUAAGCGUGGCCAGUUACCCCUGCACAGAGCAGCAGCUGUCGGUUCCGUUCCUAUCUUGAAGAUCCUUUUAGAGGAGGGUAAGAGUCCGGUCAACGCAACGGAUGGCGACGGAUUUACAGCACUUCACCAUGCUAUCUCUGAGGGACAUGGAGAUGCGGCAAUCCUGUUGUUGAAGUCUGGAGCAGAGCCAGAGAAGCGAGAUAGCGAUGGGAGACUGGCAAUCGAGCUAGUUCCUGAUGAAAAAGUCAAGCAAUACAUUCUACAAACAGCAGAGCGCGAAGGAAUUGAACUACCUUGA